CCCUUUAACGUUUUCAAAGCCAUUCUUCGCCAUCCAAAUUUGUUCUUCCAAUUCGCAAUGCGGCUAUCACCCCAAUCGUUCAUGGACCUCUACGCUAUUGACAAGGAAUUCCAUUAUCGCCUGAACAAAUACAGCACCUCGCUUGUACACGACUAUGCUGAAUACCAUGCCCCCGAAUCCGCAUACGUGUUCUCUUGGACUCUGUUUCCGCACCUAUGCAUCUCAGAUCCAAUUCUCAAGCCAAUGGAUGAGAGACCGCAUCUUGCGAGGGACAUUCCGUCUUUCCGCUGGGUCAGACUGGUGUUGCACCGAGACAAGGUUGUAGACGAUAUCCUGGCAGAACUGGCAUUGGGUGGGCUUAGGCUGCCUCAAGAAGCCAAGAAAGUGGUGAUGAAAUUCUGGGUCCUGAUGGAGUCGAAAACACAAGCACUUCGUGAAGCCUUCCUCCGCGAUACAGAAAUAUGGUCAGACAACGAUAUCCUGAUUUUCCACCAAUUCUUAAUAAAAUUGGAUAUGCUGUCUGAAUCACCGAUUAAAGGACUGGGUCUGUGCGAACUCUCGGCUCUUCUAUUGACACAGAGGUCACUUACGACGCUCCGGGAUGUACUCGUCCGUAACCUAUGCCUUACCUAUGACGAACUAGGAGAGAUGAUGGUGGUAACAUAUCCAAUGCAAUCCCUCGACACAAGCACUGCUACGUGGCUUGAGGACGAGCUCGACUCAGAUAUCCCCGAGGAGACAUGGGGCAUCCUCCACCGCGAGGGUUGGGACCCCAUGGGUCAGUAUAUGGAUUCUGCGCUUGAUCUUGUCCUCAUCGAAGGCCUUAGGAGGCGUCUGCACGUUAGACGCCAUGAACGAUUGGUUUGCCUUAUGAUGGACGGGUUUGUGGAUGCUGAGUUGCAGAAUCUGCCAUUGGUCAGAAGAGGCUUGGGGGAUGAACGGAUGAGAGAAGUUCAGUGGCCACAUGAAGAAGAGAGGAAGGAGGCAAUUGCAAGUCUGGAUAGGCUGUGGGUGCAAGGGAAUGAGGAAUUCGAC